ACUCUAUAUAUUAAAAACAUUGACACUGUCAAACUGCAUUUGUACAUAAAAAUAAACAGAAAUCUUCCAAGUGAUAUCACCUUAAAAAUAUUAUCCGAUUUUGUCACAAAGAAUCAGAGUUGAUUAAAAAUAGUAUUACAUCUUCACACUCACAGUUGCAUUAUAAAGUACACCUAUGUAUAAAUUGUUUUUCCACGAAUGAAAAAAAUUGACAGUUCAAUAAAAUAUAAUAAAAAACAAAGGCAAAAAAUCCUGUAAUUUUUCUCAUAUAAUUUUUUUAAAAAAAUUUAAAAAGAGGUAGAAUUAUAAACAUUUACAUAAAGAAGUUAUGAGCGAAAUAAAUAAAAUGUAAAAACAAUAUUCUGGUUAAAAAUAUUUUUGUGAAAAAAUUCCAAUAGAAAUCAAAUCAGGGGUUGAACACACUCGCUGUAUCAGCCGACGAAGUAGAGACAACAUAGUACAUACAUAGUACAAGAGAACGAAAAAAAAUUUGUUCAAUUUUACAAAGGAUCAUUCAUGUGAAUUAUUAAAAAAAGUCGGUGUAGAAAAUUUAUAAAGAACACUUAGUUGCAUAUAAAAAUAAGAAAAGUAUCAGUUGCGGGUAAGAUGGAACAAAAUGCAAAUGAUCCAUUUGCAUCCGAAAAUAGUGGCACAGCUAGGUUUGUAGGCGGCGGAGUGGUAAGCGGGGACCACUCCCUUGAUAAUGGUGCUAUUGCUGGAGGCUCUGUUAUUGUAAGCAGCAAUACAGCUGGGACUGUAAAUGCUGGUCAUGAAUUUCAGACAAUGAAACCGGGAGCAGGGGCCAACUUUAAGCAAGUCGGACGCACCGAAAUACCUCACAGUGAAUUGGUUAAAAUGUUGUACUAUCUUGAAGGUGAACUGCAGGCUCGAGAUGUUGUAAUAGCGGCCUUACGUAACGAACGUGUCAAACAAUAUAUAUCUCAACUUAAAAGCAAAAGGCUCCAGCCAAGUGACCCACAUGUAGCAAUAUUUCGUGACAAGGUCGCCUUAUCAGGCAACUUAAUAUCUAGAGAAUCUUCUACACAAGCUGCCCAAGCUGAAAUGGAAGUCAGACAAAUUAUAGAGCAACAAAUGGAACAGCUGUAUCAAAUGGUCAAUAAACAGCGAGCUACACAUCUAAGAAUGGUCAAUAUAUUGACAGAGUCAUUGGAAAAUAAUCAACGUAUGUUGCAGGAACUGGAAGAUGAGAAACGAAAGCACGAACACGACACUGCACAAGGUGACGAUAUAACUUACGGCUUGGAAAUGGAACGAACUAAGCUAAGGCAAGAAUUGGAAGAAGAAAGAGCUCAGGUCAAAAAACUCGAAAAAGAUUUAAAAAAGUUACAAGAAACUUUGGAUUUUGAGAGAAAUCGACAAAAGCAAAUUGUACUUUUAUUGAUAGCAGAGAGGAAAAAAAUUAUGAUGAAAUACAUAGAAGAAGGAAAACGUUCGGAAGAUUUGGCUCAAAUCUUAGCCGAAGAAAAGCAACGUUCUGACAACAUAGCAGAAGGAUUAGAAGAAGAAAGUAAAAAAUCAUUGCGUAUGGAAGAAGAAUUGGAAAAGCAAGCAGCAGCAUCUGAACAAGAACGUAAAAUUAUUAAAGCAAAUCUAGCUAAAGAAGAACUUCGAGUCAAAGAACUUGAACAGGAGCUAUUAACAUUAAGGGCUGAAAAUGAGGCUUUAAAAAAACAAAAUGCUACUAUGAGCAGCAAUACUGUCUCCAAAUCUAGAGCGUUUACUGAAGAUGGAUGUGCCACACCAAUGGCGAAUAUAGCCAAAAUUGUACAACCUACGGCUACAGUAUCUAGUGUCCCUGUGUCUGGACCCACAACUGGUAUAGCUCUAUCCCUUACCCCAGCAAUUAACUUACGUACGGGUAUAGCUACGGCUCCUUCGAAUCUAACACCUUUACCUCAAAUAGCUGCAGCUGCCACAAUAGCUGUGCAAUCGGCUGUAGUUGGUAAUGAUACCACUUCAUGCACACCAACACCUGGGACAGUUUUGGCUCCUAUUACUUCGGCAUCUGUUGCACAAAAAGCACAAACGGCAGCUCCUUCAUCGCCAUCACCAGCUAAAAUGCAACCGACGGCAACAAUACAACGUGCUCCCGGUGGUAAAUAUUCAGCGUUAGCAGCUGCUGCAGCGGCAGGCCACUCACUUGACCAAGCUCCAUCGCCUCAUCCUGUACCCAUAGCGGUACCGCCUGUAACUGUUCCACCAGCUGGCGCUAGAGGUGCUCCUCCACCUAUACCUCCUAACAAACCAAUAGUCCCGCCAAAGCGUGAACCCUCAUUAUCACGCCUUGGCUCUAUAUCUGGUGCUGCAAGUGUAGCGGCUGUCGCCUCAUCAGCUUCUACCGCUGCCAAUGCAAAAAAUUAAUUCAAUUCUAUUAAAUUUACUUUAAGUAAUAAUCCGUAAAACAAGUAAAAAAUUAAAAAAAAAAGAAAUCUACAUUAUACGAUAAACAAUAAUACUCUAAAAUUACUUUAUACAAUUCAUGAUAUAAACAAUUGAUAUUUAGAUCUUAAAAAAAACAACUACAUACAUACAUACAAUAUAUUCCAAGAAACAACAAAAACAAAAAUUAAGUAAUCUCAAAACUAUUAAGGAAAAAUGUAUAUUUUGUUUUAACUAUAAUUUUCAAUGACAAAAAUGAAUAGAAAGAAACUCGAUUAUAAAGUAUUAUCAUCACAUGAAAACAAUCUUUGCCCAUAUUUUGCAAAAAUUAAAAAAAAAAAAAAAACACACACACAUUCUACUUAAAAACAACAUUAAUACAUACUAUUAUAUAUAUAAAAGCAGCUAAUUUAAGAAUAAGCCUUUUUUAUGAUUCGUUUAAAGUUAAGCUGCCUAAAUAAAUGAUGCUAGUUUCGUUUAAAAUUUACUUAAAUACAAGUACAUACAUGCAAACAUCUUCCUACUUAAGUCUAUCUAUACACACAUUACAAAUAGAAAACCAUAAAUAAAUGAAACAAAACAAUAAUUAAUUAAUAAAGAAUGGCGAGUAAAUUUAAUUUUAUAUUCGUAGCCCAUGUUUAGUGAACCCUAUUUGCGCCUAAACUAUAAUUUACCUCAUAACAAAGUCAAUGAAGAACUAUAUGUUUAGUAUAGUGUUUUUAUAUUUGGCUUGCAUAACUUAUUAAAUAUUCAUUUAUUUGCGUUUAAAAAAAUCUACUAUUUUCAUUUCAACAAACUUUAUUAAUUAUCAGUAUUUAAAUAAUUUUUUUUUUGAAAAAAGAAAAGAGAUAAUAAAUUAGGCAAAGAAUUGUCUAAACAAAUUGACAUCGUUCACCUGCGACAAGAAUAUUAUUCAACUAAAAUUUAUUUUAUUCCAAAUUUUUGUUUGUUCCAAAUUUUAUUGAAAAAUAUUUAUUUUAAAUUAAAUUAGUAUGCGAAGAUAUUUUGAGGGAAUAGAAUGUGACAAAUGAGCGCAAAUGAUUUCCUAAAUGUAAAAAAAAUAUCUUUAAACGUUAAAAAUUUGAUGAAACCUUGUUGAGAUAACAAAAUUAGUAAUUUAAAUCCCAAUAAUGUAUUAAAAUAAAUUUUUUUGUUGGUUUUGAGAGUAGUAGUUUCGAACAAAACCACCCACAGACAAAUAUAAUGUAAUAUGAACAAUUUAUUAGAAAAAAAAAUGAAGAUAACAUUACAAAAAAUAAAAACUAUAAUUAAUAAAACUUAUCAUUAAAAAUAAAUAUAUACUAUAUUCAUCCCA